GGGUGUCCCUCCCCGGCGCCUCGGUGUAGGCUCCAUUCAGUGGCGGGUUCUGCGGUGGACGCAGCUCCGGCGGGCGGGCGCUGUUCUCGCUCAGUAGGACCAGGUCCUCGGCCGGCAUCGCUCAGCGGGCAGCAGCCGCAGGAGGAGGUGCCCCGGAGCACGGAGGAUGCUGUCCCGACUGCGCGCCGCCGCGGCGCCCUGCGCGAUGGCGCGGCGCAGCCUGCACACCAAGGAGAAGGGCAAGCCGCUCAUGCUCAACCCGCGCACCAACAAGGGCAUGGCCUUCACCCUGCACGAGCGACAGAUGCUUGGGCUGCAGGGACUCCUGCCUCCCAAAAUAGAGACACAGGACAUCCAAGCCUUACGCUUCCACAAGAACCUGGCUAAGAUGACUGACCCCCUGGAGAAGUAUAUCUACAUCAUGGGCAUCCAGGAGAGGAACGAGAAGCUGUUCUACAGGGUGCUGCAGGACGACAUUGAGCGGCUGAUGCCCAUUGUGUACACUCCCACCGUGGGCCUGGCCUGCUCCCAGUACGGACACAUCUUCAGGAGACCAAAGGGAUUGUUUAUUUCCAUCUCAGACAGAGGCCACAUCAGGUCAAUUGUGAACAACUGGCCAGAGAACGACGUUAAGGCUGUUGUCGUCACUGAUGGAGAAAGAAUAUUGGGUCUGGGAGACCUGGGGGUGUACGGGAUGGGAAUUCCAGUGGGAAAGCUGUGUUUGUACACAGCCUGUGCAGGGAUAAAUCCAGAUAAAUGCCUGCCUGUGUGCAUCGACGUUGGGACUGAUAACACGACCCUGCUGAAGGACCCCUUCUACAUGGGGCUGUACCAGAAGAGGGAUCGCUCGCAGGUCUACGAUGACCUGAUCGAUGAGUUCAUGGAGGCCAUCACAGACAGGUAUGGCCAGAACACGCUCAUCCAGUUUGAGGACUUUGGGAACCACAAUGCUUUCCGGUUCCUGAGGAAGUACAGAGAGAAGUACUGUACCUUCAAUGACGACAUCCAAGGGACAGCCUCAGUGGCCUUGGCAGGACUGCUGGCAGCCCAGAAAGCCACUGGGAAACCACUCACAGACCAGAGAGUGCUGUUCCUUGGAGCGGGAGAGGCCGCCCUGGGCAUCGCCAACCUCAUUGUCAUGGCCAUGAUGGAGAGCGGUGUUUCCCAGGAGGAGGCCUCCAGGAGCAUAUGGAUGUUUGACAAGCAUGGCCUGCUGGUCCAGGGCCGAGAGCAGAAGGCGGAUUCCCACCAGGAGCCAUUUGCACACAAGCCCCCCGAGCACAUACCAAAGACCUUUGUAGAGGCAGUGGAUGAACUUCGGCCUUCUGCUAUCAUCGGAGUGGCUGGGGCAGGGCGUCUCUUCACCCAGGACGUGCUCAGAACCAUGGCUGCCAUCAACGAGCGACCCAUCAUAUUUGCCCUGAGCAACCCCACGGCCAAGGCCGAGUGCACGGCAGAGGAGGCCUACACGCUGACAGAGGGCCGGUGCCUGUUUGCCAGCGGCAGCCCCUUCGAGCUGGUCACUCUGAAGGAUGGGAGGACCUUCAAACCAGGCCAAGGAAACAACGCUUACAUCUUCCCAGGCGUGGCUCUGGCUGUGAUCCUCAGCAGCGUCCGGCACAUCAGCGAUAAGGUUUUCCUGGAGGCUGCCAAGGCAUUGGCAGAACAGUUGACAGAUGAAGAGCUUGCACAAGGAAGACUUUAUCCUCCACUGUCCAAUAUCAGGGAAGUUUCUAUUUAUAUUGCUGUCAAGGUGAUGGAGUUCCUGUAUGCCAACAACAUGGCCUUCCACUACCCCGAGCCGGCCGACAAGAACCGCUACAUCCGCUCCAAGGUCUGGAGCUACGAGUACGAGUCCUUCAUGCCCGACGUGUACGACUGGCCCGAGUCCAAGGUGCACUGACACAGCCCCGCGCCCGCUCCUCAGGCAGCGCCGCUACUCUGCAGGGAUCCCCUCCCUCCCUCCUCUGACCAACUGUAAUCAUGAUCUUUGACUCCUCUAAUUUAUUUGCGCUCAUUUCGUUGCCUUUUUUUUUGUUUCCCCCCCCUCACGCCCUGUUUUUCACCUGAUUUCUCCCAAGUACCUGAUAAACUGUACGGAUGACGGCAUCUGCCACAGGGAUGAGAGAGCCCUCCAAAGUUAAUUUAAACAGUAACAUUGCAUUUCUAGCCUAGAGCCAGCACCACACCGGAGAAUUCCAUUAGUGAUAUUUUAACUACAUGCAUUUGAUGAUAAACUGUAGCUCUCUCAUCACUGCUGAUCUCCAGAAUUAUUUAUUUCUGCCUUUAAUAAUCAGUCUUCUAAUUGUCCAAGUGUUGUCACACUGCAUUAGCUGUGACAUCAAGGGAGACCACUUGUAGAAAAUACAAAAGGGCAGUUAAAGACAGCUUUGAGAGUCUGAUGGGCCUUCUGUUUUGUUUAAUGUUUAAAGAUGCCCAUGUCCAGACAUCCUUGUGGCAUUGGCUGCUGUUUCCUUGAGGAGCAGCGAGAUGUACAUGUGUGGAGUCUGCAGCAAAGUUUGCAGCUUUGUUUUCAUCACUCCGUGAAAUCUGUUCUCAGGAAAAAUGUGAGCUAGUUCAAAUUGGCCUUGGGAAGCCUGAAAAUAAUACUGAUCACUUAACAGCUUUUAAAAACAAAGCCGUGCUGUCAAAGAGCAAAUUUUAUUGGGUAGAAGUAGGACUUGAAGUAAUUUAUGGAAAUCUUUUUAGAGAUUUUACUAGGAGAUUUUAAGCAAUGGACUGCAAAAUGAUGUACCAAAGGAUCUUUAUUUUAAAAAAAAAUUAAUUUUUUUCAAGAUUCUGUUUCAUUUAAGCCAGGUUGUUUUCUCCCUUGUUCUGGCAAAAAGACUCGCGUGCUGACUCGAAAGCUGCAAAGUGGGCUCAGCUGGAAGCAGCACCCCGUGGGCAGUGCUGGUUCCGAGUGCUGGCAGGGCAGGAGCAGGAAUGUUGUCAGGCAGCUGUUCACACGAGUCUGCUGGACGUUCCCUGAGGGCUCGGUCCCGCUCGCUCUGCAGCCUGAGUGCUGCACCCAAAGGUGCAGUGCUGCUCACUCCAGCUGCUGCCCUGACAGGCCUGCUUUGGCAGGGUCCCUGUCUGACAGCAGGAGCUCCCAGCCGAGCUUUUCCUGGCCAGGGGUAGUGCUGCACGUUUGCUGCAGAUGCCACAGUGUAGCCUCCCGCAGCUGCCUCGGAGCGAGGCCCAAGGGCCCUGGUCAGCGCACGGGGACAGGCAGGGACAGCCAGGGGUGUCACAGCCUGUGGCUGCCCCACCUGUGCUCCCUGCCCCGGCAACAGCCACCUGCCAGGAGCAGAAACAAGGAUACCAGGCUGCCCCAGUUUGCUGCAGCAAGGCAGGAGAAGGGCAGGAGUAAAUAAAUAGAUGGAUGUGCCAGCAGGGCUGCCCUGGCAGACAGCAUCCAGAGAGAGAAAGCAAAGCUUGCUCAGGAUAUACCCAUGGCAACAAGCACUGCCCUCCUGUCCUCAGUUACACAGGAAAACGCAGUCUCCACAGAACAGGCCAGAACAGAGCAGGGUUAGAAUGGUCUCAGUACCCCCUCAGGCACCUACAGCCUGAUCUCUGGCUCUAAAGUUGUAUUCCUACAAAGAACAGUAAACCUUGGGAAGGUGCUGCCUGUGAGGGCAAAGAAGACUGAUUAUAUAAACACAGAAAAGAGUGAUGUGGGGAAAAAACCGUGGUGUUCAAGCUGUGGUAAAGUGUUGUGUGGUGGGGCUCGAAGUGCUUCACUGCUGAGUGCUGACAUGCACACGGGCAGGAGCUUGCACUUGCAAGUGAAUGUACAAAAGACACCAACACACACACACACAUAGGAUGUUUUUACAAAGAGUGCUUUUUUCAUCUAUUUUUGCUAUGCCUUGUUUGUAUCGUAUUUAAAUUAGUCAUCUUACUGAAAAAGAAAUUAUUUAUUCAACGUAUGAAUUAUUUUUGCCUUCUGAAAAUCCAGCUCUAUCUGAAGCCUGUUGUAUUGUGCCAGUGGAGUUCUGCACCACUGGAUUCCGGAGUGCUGGGAACACACGCUUCCUCCCUCCUGCCAGCAGCCUGUUAGACAGACGAGUGACAGAAACACCCAAAAUGCACUGAUCUCCCGGCCCAGCCGAGAGUGAUCACAGAGGCGGGGGAUCCACUCCCCAGCUCUGCCUUAGGAAGCAGGGAUCCACCCCUUCAGCCUGAUUGCUUUGUUCCCAGGAUUGCAGCUGCUGUCCAUAGCCAGUGGCCCUUGGCGCUCGGGAAGAGCCGUGGCCUGGGGAGGCAGCAGGGCCCUGCUGGGGGCAGGAGCGAUCCCGUUCCCCGAGGAGCCCCUGCCCGGUCCGGCUCAGGAGCUCGGUGCUCUGAGCAGCCCUCGCCCGCCCUGGCACCGCCUGUGCCGGCAGGCGCUGCCGAGAGCUGGCCGGCGGCGGGAUUUCCCCAGCACAAACGCUCCUGCACAGGGAUUCUGGAAAUCCCGCCGCAGAGGUGAGAACGGCAGUCCCCAGCAGAGCUGUCAGAGCAGCCCCGGGCUGUGCUGGAGGUGUGGCUGGCUCUGUCCCCUGCCCAGCUGGGAGGUGCCAGCCGGACCUGAGCCAGCACGGCCUCCUGGGCUCUGUCUGCCCGGCUCUGGAUCCUCUGCAGCCUGCAGUGUGGACGUGCUGGGAUUUUCCCUUCCACGUGCAGCCGUUGUUUCCUGUUGGCAACAGGUAACCUGUCAGCUCACAGAGUUUUAAGUCCAUUUCACUCUUGCUUUCAUCUUCUCCAGAAUUUUUUUUUUCUUACAUAGGAUUUUAAGAUACAUAGAUUCAUGUUCAGUUUUCCUUCAGGUACAAUUAAUCCUUGAACUAAUUACAACUGCUAAUCUUGCUGGCUAGUAAGGAACCAGUUUCCUUUUUCAUAUUCUACUUAACACGAUUUUUUCUGUUUGCUGGUUUACUCAAAAUAUUUUCUGGUCUUUAUCUGUACAGAAAAUUCUCUUAGACAGUAUGCAAAGGGAAACAGGUGUCACCAGGAUGCAUUUUGUCAUGUUACAUAGUGUGAGUUAAAAAAUACGUCACCUAAAGGACCACCAGUGUUGUAGCUUGUCACACAGCUCCCGUGACUUGCCCUCCAGAUGAUUUUGUAAAAGACUGUCUCCCGUGUCCCCUUGGGGUAUGCAGAGCCCUUCUGGGAGGAUCAGGAACUUGGCCGAGGUCAGUCUUCCAGGAUUUGUCCAAUCCUUGCUUCCUUAAAAUCAGCAGGAGCAGGACUGAGCCUCUUGGCAGCAACCUGUAGGAGUGUUUAGGGGAGAGUAAAGGUAUCUAAGGAAGCACAGCCUUUCUUCAUAAAAUAUCUUGGUUUUGUUCAAAGGCUUUGCAAAGGUCUGUGUGUUCCUGAAGCCUCUGCCCUGCUGCCAAGGUGACACGUAGAGGGAGAUGAUUAAAAUGUUGUGUCUGAUACAUUUUAAACCCCCAGUGUGACGCGUAGCACUAGUUCUGGGUUACAUUUGUGGACAGUGAUGCAUCCUGAUCUGUUGUGUUCGUUUUCCAAGCUUCAAACCAAGUGACACUUUACCUGCAGAGUGGUGUGUAACAGGUUUCCUGUGGUCGGUGCGUGUCUUCCUCUUGUACUGUUGUUUCCAGCACGCUGUUUUACGGGGAUAAAGUAACUCUUGUCACACUCCUCUGGUAGUACCUGCCAAGAUGAACGAUACACCUUUUAGUUUCUCGUUAGCAGCCCUCCGUGGUGACUGUUCCUGUGGGAGAGUGGGGAUCACUAUUGUACAGCUCCCGCCCAGGUUUCAGUUCAGCUGACUCCGGCCCCGGCAGUCCCGGCUGGUUUGGUUUGGCUGCAGAGGGGCAGAGCUGAGCUCCUCUGCAGUUCCUCUGCUGGUCCCACAGAGCUGAGCUCCUCUGCAGUUCCUCUGCUGGUCCCACAGAGCUGAGCCCCUCUGCACUCCCACAGAGCUGAGCCCCUCUGCACUCCCACAGAGCUGAGCCCCUCUGCACUCCCACAGAGCUGAGCCCCUCUGCACUCCCACAGAGCUGAGCCCCUCUGCACUCCCACAGAGCUGAGCCCCUCUGCACUCCCACAGAGCUGAGCCCCUCUGCGGUCCCGCAGAGCUGAGCCCCUCUGUCGGCCCGCAGAGCUGAGCCCCUCUGUCGGCCCGCAGAGCUGAGCCCCUCUGCAGUCCCGCAGAGCUGUGUGUGGCUCAGAUCAGUGAGAGCAGCUGGGGCUGGCUGCAGAGGGGCAGAGCUGAGCCCCUCUGCCAUCCCUGCAGAGCUGUCUGCAGCUCAGAUGAGUGUGAGAGCAGCCGGGGCUGCAGUCUCACUGCGAGUGCUUCCAGCAGGACGAGCCACCGUCGUUUCUGCCCUCGGGACGAUCCGAAUGCUGCCCCGUUCGGUAACAGCCGCGGGCGGCGGGCAGGGACUGGUGUUACACGGGAGGAGGAGAUGCCGAGCAAAGCUCUGCUGCACUGGCCUGGCAGCUGAAUUUGGGCAAAGCCCCUCAGCUGCUGCUGCUGAGGGCACACCUGACUAACCGUGCGUGCUCCCGUGGGACGAUCCAGCACGGCUCCGAGCGCUUCCCCCCGCGCCUCCCGCUCUCCGUGGGAUGGCAGGACUCGCCCGUGGCACCGGGGGCUGCAGCUGGAGGAGGAGGUUUGUCACCAGGUCCCGAGCUGGCAGGUGGUGCUCCCCAAACUCAGGCUGGCCCAGACUGAGCUCUGCUCUCCACCUACCAUCGGCUUCGGCUCAUCCGUUCUUCAGCCAGACCCUUCCUCAUGGGAAUGAAAAUACUCUUAGGACUAAAGAUGGCUGCCUUGUCAACAAAACAGCAAAAUAACCUGCAUUUAUUUCUAUCUUAAACAUAUCUACCUUAUGCAAAUCAAUGUGAGCCUGCUGGGGCGCCUGUGAGAACAGUUCCAGCCUGAUCUGUGUGGGGUUGGCUGUGCCUGGGAGGGUCAUUGCUCAGCUGAAACUAAAACUGUGUGUAAAAUGUGAAGUGGUUCGGGUUUCUUCCUACUUUAUAACGUUGUAACUCUAUUGAAAUGUGUGUUCUAGUCUUCUAUUUUCUUAGUAAAAUGCAUUCCCUUUGC